CAAUGCUGGCGAGCAGAACGGGAAUGCUAGUGAAGGGAGGACCCGGAACCUCCAGCAGCAGUCUCCUGGAAUCAUGUGGAUGAGAAGGGACAGGCUUGUUGUGACUCUGAUCCUAGCUACAGUUUUCAUUGCUGAUCUCUACUUUAACAUCCUCCCCAAAGUGCAAGAGAAGUAUUUUAACAACGACUGCACUUGUCAGGACUUCAAGAACACUGGUGAGAGUAACAGCAGCAGCAGGGAUUACUGGCAGAACCCGUCCACUGACACCAGCCUUCCCAUUAUGAGUGAAGCUGGGACUCUGCUGUCUGCUCAAACACAAACUGGAGCUACUGGAUCACAACUCCAGAGGCUUUUCUCCCACCCUCUGUAUAAUAUACAGACUCCGGAUCUGAGACCUGAGGAGUAUUUGCUUCAGAGAGAAGAAACUCUGAACUAUUAUAUAAGGAAAGUCUCAAGAUGGAACAGACAUCAGAGAUACUACAACACAGCAGCCAAUAUUUCUGCUACAGUGCAAGUUGUCUCUUUUGAACCCGAGUCUAGCUGGGUAAAGUUCCACAUGGGUAUAAACCGGUACGCACUGUACUCCAGGGAUGAUCCCAACAUCGAUCAGCUGCUAAAAGACAUGGGAAAAAUAGAUAUAAUAAAUGCAGAUUAUACUCAGGAUGAGAAAAUACUCAAAGGGAUAUGUGACUGCACUCAAGUUGUAAAGCCCAGUGGGCAUCACUUGAAGCUAUCUCUGAAGUUCCAGGACUUUGGCAAGGCCAUGUUCAAACCCAUGAGACAGGAAAGAGAUGAAGAAACACCAGAAGACUUUUUCUAUUUCAUCGACUUCCAAAGACACAACGCUGAAAUAGCAGCUUUCCAUUUGGACAGAAUCCUAGACUUCCGCAGAGUGCCUCCUGUGGUUGGGAGGUUUAUUAAUGUCACCAAAGAAAUUCUCCACACCACAAGAAGUGAAGACUUGAAGAGUGUAUUCUUCACAUCCCCAGCGAACAACAUGUGUUUCUUUGCAAAGUGUCUGUACGUGUGCAAGACGGAGUACGCCGUGUGUGGAAACCCUGAUAUGCUGGAGGGCUCCCUGUCUGCCUACAUGCCAGGGCUGACCCUCGCUCCCCGUCUCUCCAUCCCCAACCCCUGGAUUAGGUCCUACACCUUCGCUAACAAAGAGGAAUGGGAGGUGAAUCCACACUACUGCGACACUGUCAAACAGUUCUACCCUUACAACUCUGGCAACAGACUGCUGAAUAUCAUUGACAUGGCCAUAUUUGACUUCUUAACAGGAAAUAUGGACCGACAUCAUUAUGAGAUCUUCACCAAGUUUGGGGAUGAUGGGUUUCUGCUUCAUUUUGAUAAUGCACGAGGGUUUGGGAGGCAUUCCCGAGACGAAAUCUCUAUCCUUGCCCCCCUGACUCAGUGCUGCAUAGUCAAGCGGUCGACGCUGCUGCGCUUGAAGCUGCUGUCCCAGGCGGAGUUCAGACUCAGUGAUGUGAUGCGGGAGUCCCUGCUCCGCGACAACCUCCCCCCCGUACUGACUGAGCCGCACCUUCUCGCGCUCGACCGCCGGCUGCAGCGCAUCCUCAAGGCCGUGCAGAAGUGCGUCAAGAAGUACGGCGAGCCCCACGUGGUGGCCGAGGACAUCACUGAGACACAGCAACACGGACACGUAAUUGCGAGGUAGCACACCGAGGAGGAGGAGGAGGAGGAGGAGGAGGAGGAGACUCUUGAAGAUGGCUGGAAAAGAAAAGCACUGGAUAAUUUAAAGAAUAUUUUAUUUGAAUUUUGGGCAAGGGUGCAGUUUAGUGGUUGCAAUCAGUCUUAUCCUUAUUACACUCCCUUGCAAAUAGGGCUACCGUAUAACUCCAUGUUCAGUGGGACAGUUCAGGCUUUUCAGUUGUUAUCGUAAUACAUUCUAGUAUGUUUUACUUGUUUCUUUUCUUUAAGAGAAGCAGGACUACACUUACCAGAAUGCAUUGGGGUGUGAGGUAAAAAGUCUGAACUUUUCCAGUGAACAUGGAGUCAUAUGGUAACCCCACCUGCAAACCCAACCUUUUCAAACACUUCCCAAGGGUUAUAAUGCUUAAACCCCAGUGCAUUCUAAAUUAAUUUCAUAUUUAUUUAAAACAGGUUCUUGACACCCUACCUCCUUAAUACGUAACCAGAAAGCUCUGCUAAACAAAUGAUAUUUUAUUACAACACUAUUUGUGCCUUCUAAAUUGCACUGAAAAAUGUUACUUCUGAGUUGUCAUUCACAAAAGAUAAUGUCCCCAGAAAUCUUGUUUUGAAAACUUGAAAAGUUUUGUGAGCCUUAUGUUUUGCCUUUUUUACUUAAUAAAUGCAAUUCAAAUUUACAGCUGUUCAAAUAAUAAAAAAGAUGAAAAAAUGUGGCCGCUUUGAUAAAUGUUAGCAUUUAUGCAAGAUUCAGGGGGCGGGCGUAGGAGUUGCUUAAUUAAUGUCUAUCAUUAUUAACUCUCUAUUUAAAGCACAAUCUUAUGCACUUCCCGUCUAGUGUUUUUGUUUUGUCCUCCUCCUCCUUCUCCUCCUGUCCAGCACUGGACAAUAUACUCAUAGACCUCUCCUGAUCAAAUCAAUAGGUUUCACAGCAGCCUCAGAGCAACGUAUUCUUUAUCCUCUCAGGUUCUACAGCGGCCUCAGAUCUAUGCAUUCUUUAUCUCUGCCCAAAGGCAGCCCCAUCUUCGUCUCAAUCUAACCGCCUUAACACUCAAAGACCAGUAUCACUACCGAUGGCAGCCCACCAUUCACUAUUACAGAUCUCUGCUCUCUACAGCUGGGCUUCUGCACACUACUGACAGUACUCCAUCGUUUACUUCCUUAGAUCUCUGCCCUGUUCAGCAGAUCCCACUCUCUACUUAAUCACUCCUCACUACAGCAGAUCUCGGCUCCCUCUUCAGAUCUACUUACUGUUGCAGCACGCAAAAGUUGCUUUAGUUUAAAUCUGCAACUGCCCUCCUCCAGACCUUCCAACGCUCCAGCUUGCCUCCAAUUACUCGGAUUGUGGUAUCCAUUUCUGCUUGACUUCCUCAGAAAUCUAGUCAUAUUCCAUUCCAAGCAGACAUGAUAGUAGCAAACCGCUGAUCGAUCCCGUAUUAACGAACACAUAGGAUGCUCCUCUCCAAAACCGGCCUUUUUCCCCAACCUUAUAACCCCCCAAACCCCCCCCCCUCAUUCAGUUGGGAUCGAAGCAGCUACUUUCAAAGCCAACAUCAAUCUCCGUCUAAUCAAAACAUGGGGCGCCAAUCCUCUGCAAUAAUCAAUUUAUACAUCCAUUCAUCCCAUACCGACAUAGUAAUAGUCCAUCAAAGACUAGUCAGCAUGCCCAGAGUGGGGGCCACCAGAGGUUUUCUCCUUCUAGGAAGGGUUUUUUUUCCUCUCCACUUAGCGGCAGGUAAUCACAUAACCAAACCACACUAACACUAUUUUAACCUCUCCAGUUUGUCUCGUGUGUCCUUUCCUUUCGGUCUUUUCCAGCUAUUUCUUUUGUUAUGUACUAGCGCGUCUCCUGUUGUUUGUCUCACGGUGGGGUUUCUGCAGGGAGCCAGGGGCCCAUUCUUUGGGGGGCAAGUGAGUCUCACUUCCUCAACCUCAGGUCUGCUUCAGCGACCUCGUCCUCGCUCUGGGGGGUUGUCACCGCUGUCAGAGGGGACCCCCAGCCACACUAUCCUGUCGCAGCUCAUGCGCUAAUCUUACCUCGUCACCGGAGGCUGUUCUAUUUCCCUCGGGACGUGACCCACUUUACGCUCUCAGUGCCGAGUCCCAGAAUAACCCAUAUCUCUUUGUUGCAAGUUCCCUGUGGGAUGCCUCUCUGCUCCCGGCUUCAGAGGCCUGUGCCUCACCUCGUCCGAGGGCAGCACCAGAUCAGUCAGGGAACCCUUUUAUAUCUCUCCUUUCAGGUCCUGAUUCAUUAGACUUUCCUUUGCCCCGAGAGGCGCCUCUGCCGAGUCAGAGCCCUUUUAUGUGUUUUCAGAUACUCGAGGCUUCAGCCUUCAACCAAGUCCGGGGUCCUACAUAAAGGCGGCUCAUCGGUCGGGGAUCUCUUACCAUCCUAACUUCAAAUCCAGGCCCCUUCAAGCCUGUCUCAAAGUCCAGGCCAUCGACUCACCUUCUAUUCUAAGUCUGGGCUCUCUUUGUCCCACUUACAAGCUUGUUUCUGCUUCCUUUAUUCUAUCCUUACAGCCUCAACAAACGCCCCAUGAAAUGUUUAAAAAAACAGCACUUGCUAGCUGUCAUAUUUUAGAAAUCAAUGUUGCCAAAGUUAUGCUAGUGCAUAGCUCUAAUACCACCUCUAGAUUGUGAAUAUGUUAACUUAAAUUGACUUGGUUGCAACUUUUGAAUGGUGCUGGAUUUUGUCCCUCUCCCUUAGACAUAAAGUAAACCUUUAAUGCAUGGUUGAUGCAAGAUGCCUCCGAGGUAUACAGAACCAAAAAUAACUAGGUCAGACAUUUAAUUUAAAGACUUCUUACUGAGGUUGGAGCACCGGUGUUUACCAGUCACAAAGAACCCUUUGUUUAUGAUAAUGUCCUAUAAUUGACAGCAAAACAGAGACACAUCCACAAAUACAGCUAGGCUACUAGAAUAAUGUGUUACAUCACGAUGUUGAAAGUGUGUGUACUUGUGUAUCAGAAUAAAAUGUGCUAUAUUUAUUGAUUCUUUAUUUCCCCCUUUCCCAUAUAAAUAGAAUUACAAAAAACAAUUAAACAUUGAGAUUGUCAACAAAAUAAACAGAAAUGUAAAACUGAGGUCCAAUGAUUAAACUAAGUCUGCCAUGCAAGUUUGGUACUGAACAUUUGAAUUGCAGUGCCAUCUACUGGACUGACAAUGCAAUCAUUUAGCUUGCACUGUAAACACAACUGGCUUGCAACUUGCCGUCAAGGACCAAGCACUUCAGAAUAUUCAUAAAUGUGUUAUUUUUGAUGGCAUUUUUGUUUCUCAUACUCUUUGUAGCACUCAAAGUGAUCACAAAUUAAAACACACACUGUUCCCAAAAUAUAUGCAAAUUGAAUCACAAAAUUAAAUCUAUGAAGCCAAAACACACAUUCUCGACCUUAAGUUCUCUGAAGGAGUUUGAAGCAGUAUUAAUUUGAGGUUUGGUCUUGUAACUCCCUAGUGAGAAAGUGCUACAACAGAUGCUUCUAUGU